AUGGGCAGAAUGCGCCGCAGGCCCCCUGCCCAUGAUCGCAAUUUCAGCUGGAAGGUGAUCAUCUCCACCAGGGGCAUUGCCUCUGGGCAACGAGGUUUGAAGACCCUUCAUGCCCUUCAUGUAGAUGAUGACGUGGCAGGAAGGAAGCACAUGCCAUCACUUCAGCACACACGAAUGCGACAUCCCCCCUUGUUGGCCGCCAUCUGCGAGGAUUCUAUGCUUUCGUUGGUGCCAGCAUGCUCUGGCGCAACUUCUGGAUCGAAAGGAACAAACGUUGUGACAGAUUUGCCAUUGUCACCCCCGACAAUGUUUACCUAA